GUUCGGCGCGUCCAAUGAACGAGGUCUAAUAUCACUUCGAAGUACUAAGUCUAAGUAGAAGCUGCAGCUUUUUCGAUUUAUUUUUACCGAGUCAGGUAUGUAAAUCCCAAGAAAGAAAAUACAAAUGGAUGCAGCUUCUUCUUCACAACGAUCCAGCGCUACAAUCAGUGAGGGGAAAACGCUACGCGAGUGGCUCACCGAUAUAAGGCUACAACAAAAUGGUUGGUUCUUACUCGUCGUUCUCGUCUGGUACGGGUCUGUAAAAGUACAACUAAGUACAUUCAAGAUUAACUUUAACUAUAAGUACAUUCAAGAUUAACUUUAACUAUAAGUACAUUCAAGAUUAACUAGGAAAAUGAAGGGAGGUAGUUGGUUGCACCUUAAGCGCAAUAUGUAAUAGAAAAAGAACUAUUUCGGUAAAAGUUCAACAAGAAGCGCUCUUAAUUCAUGGUGAUGUCUGGAUAACACCUCUAAUCCUCGCUUCCGAUUCAGGUGGCUUUCUGCUAGCAUUGAAUCCUUCGUUUCUGGGCUUCUUUUCGCAGAUAGGUUCCUGCGGAGCUUUAGAUGCGGUCGGAUUGCUCAAGGUUAAGGCUACUACCCCCCAGGCUGCAUCCUGAGCAUCAUUCUACUUGGCCCUUUUUUCACUUGACAAAAAUAAGAACAUCAACAAGCUUGGUCCAAUCUGUCAUCGGACCAAACAUCCAGCACUCAGGGACUCUAUCGCGAUAGCUCUAAACACGGUUUGCGCGGUGCCUGCGGUUCUUCCGCUGGCGCAAUGUCCGCAGGCUAUUUGGCGACGCGGAAGCCUGUCUUUGUCCUUCGCAAAAAUCGAAAAAAAGGAAUAGCGAAAGAUGUCGAGAAGUUACACAAAGUCGGGACGAGACAUCAACUGCGACUAUUUUUAUGGUCAGCUUUUAUCCAUCCUUCUCAGCAUCUGAGUACCCGUUUCCCUUGUCAUUCAUGGGAAAGGGACCGAAAUGGGGGACAAAGAAAUGGGGAUAAAAGCCGACUCGAAGACUAGCAUCGCCUACUUCGAAGGAACAGGAUGAAGACGAAGACGAUGCAACGUCCUCUUCUACAUCGAAUGAACAGGAUAAUGAAGUUUAUGAUGUUGUAGUUCCUACUGAUGGAGCUCAUCAGCAUUCAUCUAUGAUUCUUGUCCCUGCCGCCCUAACGGCCAAGGGCAAACGCGAAGAUCAAUUAAGAAGUGAUGGGAAGGGGAGCGAAGAGCAAGGAAGCAGCUGCCUGGUGUUGGAUUCGGAGUUUUUUAUGUUGACCACUGAUGCAGGUGUAUCGAUAUUGAAUCUCAAUCUUACAGGGCAGUCGGUCCUCUGGAAAAGUUGUAAGUCGUUAUGAUCGUUUGUAUGCGAUAGAAGAUGAGGGUCAACACUAUGGUUAGCGCCGUCAUUCUGGAUAUUUAUUGUGCUCACCCUUUCCGAACAAGGUACAGAAGUCCCGUCAGGCGGCUCGCACUCGCUUUUAUUUCCUCUUCUAAGCAUAUCUGAGAAAAUAGGACAAAUCCUGUGUCUUCUUCUAAUUUUUCCGCCGUUUUGCACUCAGUUCAGUCCAGGCGUCACGAUGUGCUCGACUUUGGCUUGGGCCUCGGCGCUUUGAAAGGUCAAGGCUUCGCCACGAUGAUGUCACAAGUUUUACAGCCUUUCCACUCUUUUGCCGACUUACCUGUGCCAUUUGGCUGCGUAGCAUAUGACUUCGUACACCGUGAUGCUGUGAUCAUGACAGAAGACGACGCUGUUGGCGUUGGGCAGUCUUCAGCUUCAGGAACUUCAUCGACGAGUCCAAGCAUUUCGAGGACGUUCUCAAUUAAGGGUUGAAUAAAUGAAUUUAAUAGAUGCAUCUUCACGGUCAUCCUGGAAGUAAUUCUGCGCCCGUGUUUUGAAUUGAAGGAAUCUUCUAGUGGGGGUAGAGUGUUGACAUUCCUCCACUUUCGGCAACCAUGCACAUCAUCUUACGUUGAGGCACAUCAAGCGGCAUGCUAAAUCUCUGAGUACUUCGAGCAGUUCGCGAUCGUUCUCAAGCACAGAGGAGCGACGCUCUCCUCUCGCAGCCGCGAUCGUCGCGAGCGGGACGGUUCCUGCCCUCUUCCAUCCAGCGAAAUUCGGAGAUAGGCGCUUUCUAUUAGACGGCGCUCUCGCAGGCGACUCAGAUGGAUGCAUGGCUCUCAAGAAACUGCAUAGGAAAAUUAAAGAAGAUUCACCUACCACAACAGAGAAAAUCAAAAGCGAUACUAGUAGUACCAGGACGUCUGCAGAAAAAAGGAAAAACGAUACUACCACUAAUAGUUGUGCUAGUAGUAGCACGUCGUCCUCGUCACCCCCGACGACACUUCUUGUCCGCGUGAUAACAGACCGAACGGCUUUUGUUGGCGCGCGGGCUCUCUUGUCCGUUACUGCGGCAAAAGCUGGCAUCUUUGGCGAAAGGGGACGAUCUCAACAGCAACAACAAGUAGAAACAGGAAAUAAAGAGGAACAAACACCUCAAAAGCCGCGUGAUCUAGACCGCUCGAAAUUGCCAGAGGGUAUACGAGACGUUUUAACGAUCGUGUUGAAGAAUGCCCCGGAUCUGUGGCUUGGGGCGGAGAGUUUCAUGUUACUGGAACAAGCGAUUCUAUGGGCAGGGCGCGCCGUAAUUGGUGCACUGCAUACAGUGGCAGAAGAGAUAGAGCCGAAUCAUUACGAAGUUUGUGUAGAUAUUGGCUGGGACAGAAAGCAAGCUCUUCAUAUGGCUGCACUCAAAGCAGCGGCUGGAGACCGGGAAAUAUCAUAGAAUUUAAUGAUACAGAGGAAACGAGCAACGAGAUAGAUACUCUAAUAGAGUGUGAUUGACCUUAUUUUCCUGAUCCUGAACGAGGAAAAGGCUUCGACACUCGAAUGAUCUUUUUUACCCCAUAAUUGUGUCAUAGAGAUUUGCAUGGACGCGCACACAUCAGGCUGCAUAUUGAGUGGAAAAGCCUAUCAUGGAUGUGAUUUUUUUCGGCAGAUCAAGGAACAUCAAAAAACAAAACUUUCUGCAAGAAGUUGGCCAUCGGUUCCAGCUGUUGUGAAUAGUAUGAUUAUUCCGAAGCGAGAUGACAUUCCUGAAAUUUCUUGUCAUUUCAACACAGUUUCCAGAAGAUCCGCGCACUCGUUGUACUUGUG